AUGAACAAAUUUAUUAUUUUCUCAAUCAUCGGUUUGGCUUCCUCAUUAGAUAUCUUUGAAUUCAUUAACAAAGAUAUCUGUUCAAGUGAUUCAUGUGUCACAUCAGGUAUUACCAUGGCUAAUAUUUGUGGUGAAAAGGGUAGUACAGAUUAUGAAUGUCUUUGUAAUAAUAUGCCAAAUUCAUUUUAUAACGAAAUGUUUAACUGUACUCAAAGUUGUGAAAUGGAAGAUCAUUUAGGUGGAGUUUCAUCAGGUGCAGAAGUUCAAGAAUUCUAUUGUGGUUUGCAAAGAGCAAAUGCUGAAUCUAACGUAGAUGCGGCUGGUUCUUCAUCCUCUUCUUCUCGUGCUAGUUCUAGUUCUUCGGGUGGCAAUGCUAAUUCCAAUUAUUAUGUUUCUUUUAUUGGUUUAGUGCUUGCUCUGUUGAUUUAG